UUCCCACACACAAGGAAGUACCAGAGCUCACCCGCACUGGAACUGCACGUAAGGUACGCUCAAUAUUUAAGAGAUUGUCGUGUCGUUUCUCUCGAUAUUACUGUUGCAAAUAGCUUCUUAAACCCAAGGAAUCAUUCAAUUAUUGUGCUUUUCAGCCAAUACGCAUCAUGAUAACUCAUGUGGACACCACAUUAAGUGCGUGAACAUUUAAUUCAAAAUCGACCUCAAAAGUAUCAUACGUUUGGGUAUGCUACAGUCAGAUGGAUUCGCCGGAGCAAAAGAUAACGAAAACUGUGUCCAGAGUGGACGCGAGUAAAGAAAGCAUGGCGAACAGCCGUCAGGUCAUCGGAAUAAACUUCUGUGGGCCUACGCCUCUGAUGUGGCGUGCGGACGAUUUGAAAUCGGUCCGUGAACUGGGAAUCAUAGGGACCCUGGUGGGGUCUCUGGCCCGACAACCUAGGCAGAACACCCGGCUGGGGAGACCCCUCGAGCUGCUGCCGGAGGAGGGGCGACUGCUGGCGGACAUGGGGAGAGCUGCAGUUAUUCCUGACUCGACAAAUGAGGAUCCCGAGGUGAAUCCAGAGCAAGUGGAGCACUAUCAUGCAGAACUGGAGAACAGCUUUCAGGAACAGGGUGCCUUGGCCUUGGAGGACAGGAAGGCAACAUUAAUGAGAGUUAUGACUGAGAAACAUAACGAGAAUCCUGGAAGCCAGGAGGAUUCGGACGGUGCGGUGAGAGACCGUCUCGAAGCUCUGUCCCGCGGCUUCUCAUUCCCUCGCACGGCCAUGGCGGUACAACUGUGCACAGCCCGAGCAGGACUCUCUCACUGUCCUGAGGUGCGCCGUUUCCUGGCCGCAGACUGGCCCAUACCACGGGAUGAGAGGUCCGAGACCCGGUUCCGAGUGUUCAGGGACCUGAGACGCCAGGGCUUUUACCUCACCUCGGCCGGGAAGUUUGGGGGAGACUACCUGGUGUACCCAGGUGACCCCCUCCGUUUCCACGCCUAUUUCAUUGUCGUGUGCAUCUCCAUGGACGAAUCGAUGCCCCUGUGUGACGUUCUGGCCAUUGCCAGGCUAGGGUCCAAUGUGAAGAAGACUGUCCUCCUGUGUUCGUCAGGGGGAAGCCAGGAAGAUGACGGGGAGGAGGUGGUGUACACAUCACUAAAGUGGAGUGGAAUGGUGUAGGAUCACAGUUGGAGACUAUGUGGAAGCACGAUGGCAACAUCUCUCAUCUAGCCAGAGGCUACACAUCACUACAGUGUAGUGGAAUGUUGUAGGCAGCACCACAGUGGGACACUAUAUAUGGCGAUAUUUUUCACCUAGCCGGAAGUUGUCAUAAUGCUUAUAUCUUUCAAAUUCAUUCAACACAACAGGAGUGCCAAGGGUGUAGAGUUUAGGGUUCAUUUGUAAUUUCAGCCACUGAACAGGAGGUGGAACGGUUACAGACAGCAGGGGUGUAUUCGCUAGGAAGCAAACGGGGUGGAAUUUAUCUGAAUUUGUCCAAUAAGAAACUUGUUUUCGUUGCAAAACAUUUAGCUAGUGUCUACUAAUGAAUACACCCCUGGUGCGUUGCUCUCCAGUCCAAUGGGGAGGCUACUAAUUAUUGUACCACAAUUUACAGCAGUACAGUAGGAGUUUGUGAAUAAGAGUGUAUGAUUUUGGUAAGGUAGCUUGGUUUUUAUCAAAGAUGAAAUGUCGAUAAUACAGCCAACGGUCAUGGCUUGGCUUGAGUGGGGUGGGCGUUUCCUUGGAAAAAUAUUUACUUUGAAGUGUGUGUGUAUUGUGACAAUUGUUGAAAAUAUAAUUGAAGACACUUCACUUUUGUGUGAACAUUGUUUGAGUGCCGAUAUGUGUUCAGAAAGACCUGACAUCAGAGAGUUACCACCAGUUUACAUAACUUGUUAGUAUUAUGGAGUAACUACAACGUUGUUUAUCCAUCCUCAGUUUUCUGCUAUCAGGCAUUAAACUCUUAACGCCAACCUUUUCUGAAGAAAAGUAAUUUCAACGAUUUUACUGAGUUACAAUUCAUACAAGGACAUCAGUCAAUUGAAAUCAAUUCAUUAGGCCAUAUUCUAUGAAUUUCACAUGACUGGGCAGGGGCACAGCCACGGGUGGGUCUGGGAGGGCAUAGGUCCACCCACUUAGGAGAUAGGCCCAGCCAAUCAGAAUACGUUUUCCCCCACAAAAGGGCUUUAUUACAGACACAAAUACUCCUCAGUUUCAUCAGCUGUCUGGGUGGCUGGUCUCAGACGAUCCCGCAGGUGAAGAAUCCAGAUGUGGAGGUCCUGUGUUGGCGUGGUUACACAUGGUCUGGGGUUUUGAGGCCGGGUUGGAUGUAAUUCAAAAUUCUUCAAAACAGCGUUGGAGGUGGCUUAUGGUAGAGAAAUGAACAUUAAACUAUCUGGCAACAGCUCUGGUGGACAUCCCUGCAGUCAGAAUGCCAACUGCACGCUUCGGAAAAACUGGAGAAAUGCUCGCUAAGAGGGAUGUAAAACACAUUUCUUGCCAAAAUUUGAGAGAACCAUUUGUGCGUAUGGAACAUUUCUGGGAUCUUUUAUUUCAGCUCUUUACAUGUUGUGUUUAUAUUUUUGUUCAAUCGAUACACUUGCCUACUCAUUCACUGCAGCUGCAGCAUGGGAGGAAGUAGUGAGAAGCUUCUUUUGUAAAAGAAUAAAAACUUUUGACAGUGCUUAAUAAAAACUUAAACUCAGUCAUACAAA